ACAUUGUCUUUUAGUUUCGAUGCAUCCCGUAUUUUUUUCCAAAUUGCAGUUUAAACUGUUUUUUUUUUCAAAAUACUGACGUGAUUAUAGUACGUAAUCAAAUAGGUAAAUCAUUUUUAUAAAAUCAUCAUGACAAGCACACAUGGGCAAGCACAGGAUGCCGCCGACUCGUUCUUACGUCGGCAGCAGCAGCGCUCGCAGUUCUUGUACUCCAAGCAGACCCGCGAGCGACAAGUCUACAUGGAAGACCUCAGAGAAUAUCGACGGCAGGUUGAAAAAAAGGCCAUGAAGAGAAUGAAAAAACUCGUCGGCCCGACCUGGUACCAAGUACUCAGUGUACCGCAAAGAGACGCACUCGAUAGCUUAGGGAAUUCAGUUUACCAAGAUUUACUUGAAGGACGGCCCUCUAGGACAGCCCGUAUAAUUAAUAAACUCGGUGUUGUACCUCUCCCAAAACCCAUGGACUUGAUGGCUGCGAACUUACACGGAAGCGAUGACCCCAAAAAAAUGUUGGGGCAUUUAUAUUUCAUCCUCUUUGGCCACUCGAUCGAGGGAAAGCGGAAUUCUUACUGUUUUAAUGCCAAGCUCAUCUUAUCGGCUAUAUUUUAUUUGGGUUUAAAAAAUUUGAUCGAAUUGUUGCGAGAACAAUUUAAACCAGAUAAAGAUGUGGCACCAACGCCACCGAAGCCAAAGCCUAAACGCCAAGCACCUCUUCCGUCUCCGUACCUGGAGAGAUCUAUAGUUCCGAUGUGGUAUCCUGCUAGCCCCAAAAAGUUUAUACCUCCUCCCUUGCCUAAGUUUGACGAGCUCAACGAACCUUAUGUGGAGAGCGACGAAUACAGAAUUCGAAUAAAGCCACCGCCGCCUCCACCUCCGCCGCCUCCCCCAAAACGCGUUCCACUAGCAAUUUGUAACAAAUUGGCAGGCGUGUUUAAUAUCGCGCCGAAUCAGGUGACCUCUGUUACGAUGAAGACUACGAUGAGUCACGGAAAACAUCAUAAUCAUAAUAUGACACUUGAAGUUAAAAAGAAAACUUAUGGCAUAUGCAUAACGCGACCGACCCGUAAAGGAUUACGUCGCAAGCCUAAACCUCCCACGACGGGUGUAAACAACGCUCAGUACUUGAUACAAGGAGUGUAUACAAUUGGCCGGCGGACGGUAUUCGUACUUGGUAGCGUUUCUAUACUACCCGCUGAGGGCGAGCUUAUACACGGUGGGUUCGCGCAGACUCCUAGCGGCUACACGAACAUACACCUCGGAUUCCGUGGCUACUCGGCAUCACCUCCACCUGAUCAAUGCGACUGCAACCAGAAAUGGCACGAUAAAAUACUAAAGUACGUCAAAGAAAGCAAAUGCUACUGCGGCCACAACUACGACUACGGUCACGAGGGCCCUUUCCCACCGGACGAGGUUCCUUAUUUCGAAAGGCCAAAGGCAUCUGCACCGUAUAAAUUUAACUACGACACAAUAUUUGACGUAAAUCAUCAGAACGUGAUAAUCAAAAGAGAAGUUAAAAAAUUUCUAGACGAGGAUAGCGUGACAGGGUUAAGGAAAGUAGUCAAAAAGAAAGAAAAGAAGAGGUCAUCUAAAACAUGUCUGGGGCAGGAUCCGACGCCCUCGCAGUAUCUGAAGUGCGCGCUGCGACUGCUGCGCAACCUGAACGAAGCGGCGCGGCUGCCCGACGUGCACCUGGCGCCCGAGCUGGUGGAGUGGAUGCGGCGCCGCAUCCACGGCCCGAUGGGUCCCGCCCAGCGCCAGGCCUACCUGAGACAGAGCCUCGAACUGCAGACCAGGCUUGAAAGCAUCACGCCCAGGAUUUACGCGUCCCUCUUUUCAAAGAACGACACCCAGUUCGAGGUCGCUUCUACCUGGGCCCACAAGUUAAAGUUCAAAGACAAAUUUAAUAAGUACUCGUGCGAAUACAGAAGAGAACUGUUCAAAUGUUUCGCCAAAAUAAAUAAUCUAUUCUGGCGGAUCAUGUUCCACGCGGAGUUUCCCGACAAGCAUUUCCGCGAGAUAUUCUUUUCGUAUUUGUACUCGAAGUGUAACGAUCUGAUGCUGAUGCGGCCGUACAGCUCGGCCGAGACGAACGACCGCACGGUGCGGCUCAAUGACCGGCGCAUGGUCUGCCUGCCCAAGGGCGUCGAGCCGCCGGAGUGACGCGCACUGCGC